UUUCUCCUUCCUUCCGCGGGCCGGGGGAGAAAGUAGCCGGGGCUAUCCCGAGCCGGCGGUCUUGGAGACGGGGUCGAACAAUAAAAGGGAGGAGAUGGUGGUAAUUUCCCUGGAUUUAGCUUUUUUGUCUUUGUUUUUGUUCUCACCACUUCCGUCCGAUGACUGGAGAGUAAAAGGGAACCCGGAGCUGGGUAGCCGGCAGCGGUUUGAGAAAAUGCAGGAGUGUGUUUGGAGACGCGUAAAGUUGCCUUUCAAGCUCUGGCCUCCCGGGCAAGCGAAGGUCCGCGGCGGGCUGACUCAGGGCUGCCUUGGGCCUCCCUGUCACCCUCCUGGAAAUGAUGCAAGUCCCGACCGUCACCUGGAUCCGUGUAGCCCAGGCUGGAAUAGGGUCGGGAUUAGGGGAAGGACGAGAAACCACACUCCAGGUGUUGCAUUGUCUUCCCAAGCGGGAAGACGGGGCAGUUGCUCUGACCAAAGACUGUAUCUAGUGCUUCUGCUCCUGUCUCCAAUAGUGGGGUUCUUUUUAAUGCAAAUUGUCACAAGGCCAGGAAUUUCCACGUGUGCUCAUUUGGCCCACAGCAUCACUGUACCGAGGAAAUUGCUUCAAUCUAUCAAGUCCUCUGGGCUGGGAAUCUCACUGAAUUUCAAACGGCGGAGAAAGGAAACUUUCCCAACCCGAUGCGGGUGUCACGCGAGCCAGGGGCCCCAGGGACACUGUCCCAGCGCAGAUCGUCCCCCUUUAGCUGCAGCUGGAGCUGGGAUUCGCUUUUAUAUUCUACAGCCCGUUCGGCCAUUGCCCUGGCGCUCCUGCACACGCGCAUGCAUCUCCGGCCGCGCUCGCUCAUACACACACACACACACACACACACACACCCAAAAGCGUGACCGCCGCCAGGUCGGCAACUUUGUCUGGCGCUCCCGGCGGAGCUCGGCUUCCUCCUGUAGUAGUUGGGCGCAGGCCCCGCCUCCCGGCCGUGUUGUCAAAAGGGCCGGGGUCUCGGAUUGGUCCAGCCGCCGGGACAACACCUGCUCGACUCCUUCAUUCAAGUGACACCAGAGCUUCCAGGGAUAUUUGAGGCACCAUCCCUGCCAUUGCCGGGCAUUCGCGGCGCUGCUAACGGCCUGGUCACAUGCUCUCCCGAGUGCUACUGGAGGGCGCUGGGUAACCUCUAUCCGAGCUGCAGCCGCGAGGAGGAGGGAAAAGGCUAGCAAAGAGGAAGAGGGGGAGAAGGAGGGGUAGCGGGGAAGGAGGAAGAGGAAGAGGGGAGCACAAAGGAUCCAGGUCUCCCUGUGGGAGGUUAAUACCAAGAAUUAUGUGUGCCGAGCGGCUGGGCCAGUUCGUGACCCUGGUCUUUGUGUUGGCCACCUUUGACCCGGCGCGAGGGACCGACGCCACCAACCCACUCCAAGGUCCCCAAGACAGAAGCUCUCAGCAGAAGGGCCGCCUGUCCCUGCAGAAUACAGCGCAGAUCCAGCACUGUUUGGUCAAAGCUGGCGAUGUGGGGUGUGGCAUGUUUGAAUGUUUCGAGAACAACUCUUGUGAGAUUCGGGGCUUACAUGGAAUUUGCAUGACUUUUCUGCACAACGCUGGAAAAUUUGAUGCCCAGGGCAAGUCAUUCAUCAAAGACGUCUUGAAAUGUAAGGCCCACGCUCUGCGGCACAGGUUCGGCUGCAUAAGCCGGAAGUGCCCAGCCAUCCGGGAAAUGGUGUUGCAGUUGCAGCGGGAAUGCUACCUCAAGCACGACCUGUGCACGGUGGCCCAGGAGAACACCCAGGUGAUAGUGGAGAUGAUCCAUUUCAAGGACAUGCUGCUGCAGGAACCCUACCUGGACCUCGUGAACUUGCUGCUGACCUGUGGGGAGGAGGUGAAGGAGGCCAUCACCCACAGCGUGCAAGCUCAGUGUGAGCACAACUGGGGAAGCCUGUGCUCCAUCUUGAGUUUCUGCACCUCCGCCAUCCAGAGGCGCCCCACGGAGCCCCCCGAACGCCAGCCCCAGGUGGACACAGCCAAGCUCUCCAGGGCCCACCACGGGGAAGCAGGACAUCAUCUCCCAGAACCCAGCAGUAGGGAGACCGGCAGAGGUGCCAAGGGCGAGCGAGGUAGCAAGAGCCACCCAAACCCCCAUGCUCGGGGUAGAGUCGGGGACCUUGGGGCCCAGGGACCUUCUGGAAGCAGCGAGUGGGAGGAUGAACAGUCAGAGUAUUCUGAUAUCCGGAGGUGAAACGAAACGCCUGGCGACGAAAUCUUUCCUCUGCGCCGUCCAUUUUCUUACCUAUGGACAUUCCAAAACAUUUACCAUUAGAGAGGGGGGAUGUCACAUGCAGGAUUCUGUGGGGACUGUAGGCUUCAUGGAGGUGUGUGUUCUCGGAACGGACAGGUGAGAUGGAGACCCCUGGGGCCGCGGGGUCUCGGGGGUGCCUGGUGAAUUCUGCACUUACACAUACUCAAGGGAGCGCGCCCGAGUUAUCCUUGUAUCUUUGUCUUCUUUCCAUCUGUGGAGCAAGUGGGUGGUGGCUGCUCUGUAGUGGGGGAGGUGAACCGGGAGGGGCAGGGUAAGGCAGGACCCCCAGGGCUGGACCACACAGUGGGUGCUGGGCCCCGCCCCAAAGCUUGUGGUGCAGCAGCCUCUGGUGCUGUCUCCACGGAAGUCAGGGUGGCUGGAUUCCAGGACAGGAGUGAAUGUAAAAGUAAAUAUCGCUUAGAAUGCAAGACAAGGGUGGAGAGGAGGCAGGGGCCGCAGGGGUGCUUGGUGCCAAACUGAAAUUAAGUUUCUUGCAUGGGACCUUGCAGUUCAGAGCUCUUGGUGGGGGCAGGGGGAGGGGUGGGAGGCGUGUCAUUUCUCUGUGUAAUUUCUGAGCCAUUGUUCUGUCUGGGCUAGGGGCGGGGGCACACUGUCCAAGGGAGUGGCCCCUAUGAGUUUAUAUUUUUACCACUGCUUCAAAUCUCCAUUUCACUUUUUAUUUGUCCAGUUAUAUCUACAUAUCUGACAUCUAAAUAAAUGGCUUUCAAACAAA